CAUUAGACCACCAAAGAGUUGACAAAUAAGGAGAAAGAGAGUUGCCAGAUGGAGAAAUCCCUUCUGUUAAACAAUCUAAAAGCCAAUCUAUCAGCAUUAACUACCCAUUUCCCAACUCCUUUUGUAUUGGGGGGACACAUCUUCCUCUUCCCAAAGCCCCCAACUUCCUGAAGAAAGAAAUCCAUGACCCCAGAAAAAGGAAGGAGGAAAAAAUCCAGGUCUUUACCAUCAAUUCUGAUAGUCAAGUCAUUUUUUUGUAUCAAAUUCACCAAAGCUUACUUCUUCUUCUUAUAGGCCAUGGCCCUACCAUGUAGAAGAAAGUACACAGAACUGGCCCAACCUUAAAUUACCUGCCCUUCUUCCCUCAUUCAUAACCAAGUUUCUUUCUUUCUUUCUGGUUUCUCCCCAAGGAAAAACAUGCCUUUGUUCCAUUUCAUGGUAACUUUCAUCUUCUUCUGUUUCAUUCUCAUGAUUGGUUUUGCUGCUUCUUGGUGCCCACUUGACUACCUCCAACACCAACAAAGCAAUCAGCAACAGCAGCAGAAGUUUCAGCAGAUGAGUGAUGUGUUCUGGCAAUUCAAUGAAGAUUCCAACACCUGGGUUGAGCUGAAACUCCCCUUUGAUCUGCUCUCCUGUGUUGAUGAUAACUGUACCAAAGUGGGUUCCAUUGGUGGUGGGGUGUCAUCAUCAAAAGGAGAAGGAGAAGGUAAGCUGUUGGAAGGAGACCAGGUUCUCAGCAGCUUGAAGGAGAGCAAUCAUAAAGAGAUGGAACAUGGUGAAUUGCCUCUCCCACAAAGGAAGAGAAUUUCGUUGACCAAGAUGUCUGACAAUUCCAUUUGGGUCACUGGGGAAAGUGGGUCUAUCUAUGAGAGGUUCUGGAAUGGAGUUCAGUGGGUGAUUGCUCCACACGAUCUUCCCUUAUCAGCUGGCCAUGCAAUUGGUGUUUUCAUUGUUAAUCAGACCAUUCUUGCCCUUUCAGAAUCAGGAGUCUUGUACCAGUCUUACCUUUCUGUUCAGAUGCAACUUACUGAGAUUGCACAGCCAAUUUGGGUGGAGCUCAAUCCUUCCAUUGACGGGGAGCUAAGUUCCAGAGUCAUAAUCAAGUCUGGUGUUGUUUCCAAUGACAGGGUGAAAGUUUAUUUCUGCACAAAGAGUGGGUCAUUGCUGGAGCUGAGUGAGGUUGAGCCUCCAAGAUGGGUCCAUCAUGGAAAACCUCCAGGUGGAAAUGUUGCAGCAAUAGCUGAUGCAGCCACUGUGAAAUCAGAUGUCCUAUACACUAUAAGUUCAACAGGUGAUCUGUAUGAAUAUGAUGGGAUGUCAAAACCAUCAUGGAAGAAGCACAUAUGGGGCGAAGGAACGAUGUCAGAGACUUCUCUGCUGCCAGCAAUGGGCUAUUCCUUACAUGGAAUGACUGGAGAUAGCUCAGUAUCUCUCUUUCUCUUAACCAAGACAGGGAACUUGGUGGAGAGAAGAUUGCACCAGAGAAGAUGGAGAUGGAUAACUCAUGAAAGUCCCAGUGACCAUCAUCACUUCUUGACAUCCAUUACACAAGCUCAGCAGGAUGAAUCAAAUGACAAGUUCUUCUCCUUGUUCUUAACCACAUCCACCGGAUCAGUCCUCGAAUAUCGAAUGUCAAAAAGUUCAGGUGAAGGCACUAAUGCUCAUGAGAGCAAACAGUGGCUAAACCAUAUGCAUCCUGAGCAAGCAAAAGCUGCAAGAGGAAUUGCAGGACUCCAGCUCCAACUGGGAAGAAUCCUCUUCCCACUAGACGAUGGAAGGCUCGCCGAGCUACAUCCCCCUGGACUUGGAGGAGAGGCCACUGGUCCAAACUACCAAGUCAGCAACCGACGAAAGCCAACAUCUAACAUCAGAUACCAAUGGUCAACCUUAGACUCCCCAGAGACUGAAGGUUGGAACUUGGAGUACUGCAGAGAAGAGAGAGGACCACUAAACUGCAUCAUGGGGAUGAAAGAUGAUCAAAACAACAAUGAAGUCAAAACCACCACAAGGUCAACGGUUAGGAGGCGAAAACAACAGGACUACUUAAUAUCAGCAGGCCAUUCUUCAGUCAAGUCACCACCAUCAUCAUCAGAAGAACAUGCUGGUCUUUCAGACAAUUGGGUGAAUGCCAACUUUAGGCUGAGGGUUAUGCAUGGAGGGAGAUCAUUUUUCCUGAUAACAGAUGGUGGAUUUACAUUCGAGUAUCUGUACACCGAGAACGUGUGGCUGUGGUUGAGGCAUGACCAUCCAACUGCCAUGAGAGGAGCUCUGGGGAACUACAAUGGGAGCUUGUUCUUGGUUGAUACUUAUGGGAGCUUGCUUAUAAGGGAGAGGAGUGGGAAUGAUCUAGGAUGGAUUAACUGUACGGCGAUGAGAAAAGGGAAACAGGUGAAUGGAGGCCCUCCUUGGGAUGGGAUUCCUGGCAGAGCACUCAAAGUCACAGCAGAAGACUCAAUCUUCUUUGUUAGCAGGAAUGGAAGGUUGCUUCAGUUCACUGUAGCACUGAGGAAGUUCAGAUGGAAAGACUGCAGAACCCCACCAAACACCAAAGUAGCAACCAUAGUAGACCAGGAGCUGUUCAGGCACAACAUAGUCUUCAUCACAGGACAAAACGGCAGACUCUAUCAGUACAACAAAGUCACAGAACUCUGGCACGAGCAUUACCAAUCCCAGCACCUGACCCUCUCCAAAUUGCCAGGCACCCCAAUGAGAUCAACAUCGCCAUCAUCGUCCCUCGCAGGCUCUCUAUUCAUGGUUUCUGAUGAAGGUGGCCUGGUCGAGUACCAUUGGAACGUGGGGGACGGAUGGAGCUGGAUCGAACAUGGCACGCCACACAAAGGCGUCGCCUUUGCCACUUCGCCAAGCCCCUGCUUCCAUGGUGGACAAUUGCUGCUUGUGGGGUCGGAUGGGAAGGUGUAUGUGAGGUAUGUGGACGAGUUGAUGACGUGGCGGUGGAGAAAUUGUGGGUUUCCUUAUGUUGGUAAAGGGAAGGAGGAGGAGGAGGAUGAAGGAGGAGAAUUUGAAGUGUGCAUGGAUGAAAGUUUUGCCAAGGAGUUGGAGAAGGAUGAAGAAAGCUUGCAUGAACACAACCCACACUGUGAUCCCAAGGUGGCUUCUACGAGACCGAUCCCAUUCUCUGAAGACAGUGUGAUCUUUGAGCUGAGAGAUGGCAGGUUGGCAGAAAUGAGAAGGGUUGAAGGAGACAAAUGGGUUUGGUCUCGAACGAUUGGAACGCCGACGAGCUUGUGCAUCUCGAAUUACUGGACCGCCGUGGCAUCGUGAGAUAGACAUACACACUUACACACACAUAGCUAUAGUAACGAAAAUAGGACAUGAAAUGUGUACAAAGUUGACCCUAGAAGAGUGUUAUUGUAUAGUGAAGCUAAGCUAAGCUAAGAUAACAAAGCAAAUAAGAAUGUGGUCAAGGCUGGCAAUAUUCCUCCUGCCGCCUACUAAUAGUAAUGGGGAUUUUACUUAUGCAACCCUUCCCGGCCUAGUCAACAAGUUUUUGCAUUGACCGGAUAUGAGGAUUGCCCUAAAUCAAACUAGUUUUGAGUCCGG